CCCUCUUCCAAUUUUUAACCUGCACUCUCUCUGCGCACUUUAGCCUCCUCGUAUCAUUCUCUCUUUCACAAAACACAAACAAAACUCCCCACUUGGACUUCAAACUCUUUCGUCUCUUUUUUUUCUCUUUCUCGGCGAAUUAGGGUUUCUACUGCUUCACUGCUCACUCUCUCCGUGUGGUUUAUGCGUUUCAAUGCCUGCUAAUUGCUUGCCUAAAUCGCGUCUUCAGAACCCUAGACUGUGCCGGACUGCUCCAUUUUGCUGGCGAUUUUGGCUCAUUAGUCUAUUUGCGUCUUUGCUUCUGUUGGAAUCGCGUGCCAGAAUUUGAUUCCAGCCCCGCUGCUUCUUAGAUGGCGCCGAGUCGCAGAAGGGGCGCCGGCAAAGCUGCUGCCGCUGCCGCUGCCCGCCGCCAAUGGAAGGUGGGUGAUCUUGUCCUCGCCAAAGUCAAAGGCUUUCCUGCUUGGCCUGCCACGGUAAGUGAGCCGGAGAAGUGGGGCUAUCCAACUGAUUGGAAGAAAGUACUUGUCUACUUCUUUGGAACACAGCAAAUAGCUUUCUGCAACCCUGCUGAUGUUGAAGCAUUUACUGAAGAGAAGAAACAAUCCCUUUUGAUCAAACGUCAAGGAAAGGGUGCAGAUUUUGUUCGUGCAGUGCAGGAGAUUAUCGACAGUUAUGAGAAGUCUAAGAAAGCAGACCAAGUUGAUGAUCUCAAUUCUGGUUAUGAAGAUACUCUUGCAAAUGGUGGGAAUUCAGUGGAGUCAUCAGCAAACUUUGAGUUGAAGGAUCAGACUGAAACUUCAGAAGCAACUACUAUGGUUAGAAAUGAUCCUAGCCUUGCAAGCAGUUUUGCUCCAGAUGUAGCAAAAGCUGGUUCUUUGCAUGAUAAAGAAGUCUCAUUGGAGCAACACACUGAUAAUGUGGUGGUCACGGCAAAACCUGUUAUAACUACUUACACUUCAAGAAAAAGAUCUGGAGGCUUACGGUCUAGAAAACACGCCCCACAGAAAAAGGAUUCAUCAGUUGAAAGGUCCACAAGUUUGUCAAGGUUGGAAUCCUCUAGAUUCCAGAAUUUGGUGGUGCCAUCUAAUGAUGGUAACAAGAGUGCAGGGGAAGCAUCAACUGAAGUAAUCCUAAGCAGAUCCCUACGAAGGAACAAGCAAGUUAGAAAAUCACCAGAUGCCUCUGAGUGGGAUGAUGUGGAUUCAUCUGCUUUUGUUUCAAGAACUGUUGAAGAUAAUGGCUCUGAAAUUGUAACAGUUGAUUCUGAUUCUUUGAGUCUGAAUGAAGGCAGCACUAUAGACAGUGCUUGUAAGCCUGAGCACUCAGAAACUGUUGCUGAUUGUUUGGAGGAAGAUGUUGAGUUGAGCAAAGGGCUUGAUUUUCAAAUAAAUGCUGUGGUUAUAAAGAAGAAACGGAAACCAAACAGAAAGCGAGUGACUAAUGAAGCCACUGAGCCAACUGCCAGGUUGGAUACAGUGGCAGAUUUGGAUGCUGUGGUGCAUAGUAGCAGCCAAAAUUCACAGUGGGCUUGUGAAAACUUGAGUGAGAGGCAUAACAAAGAUGAUGGAGAUGAGCAUUUGCCACUAGUGAAACGAGCUAGAGUUAGAAUGGGCAAAUUAUCAUCAUUGGAGGACCACAGCAGCUUUUCUCAUGUGGAAGAAAAGACCUCCAAUGAAGUUGCAGUCAAUUCGGCUGAUGCUCACAAUGGCUUAUGUCAAGAAGUUGAAGAAAGAACCUCUGAUGAAGUUGCAGUCGCUACGUCGGAGCAUAUUGGCCCACCUUAUAAUUUCAGUGAUGAUUGUUCAGCUGACAAAGGCUCAUUUUCAGCGAAGGUUGUUUUAGAUAAUGCAUCACCUCAGAAUGGCUGUGCUCAAAUUCUAGGGAAUAGGCCUCAGCUUUCAAUUGCUAAGGAGCAUCAGUCUUUUGGCUGCCCAGCAGAUGGUGAAGCUGCUUUACCUCCAUCCAAACGUCUUCAUCGUGCUCUAGAAGCUAUGUCUGCAAAUGCUGCUGAAGAAGGUCAGGCAAGUGCUGAUAUAUCAACCUUGAAAACAUUAAUAAAUGGCAGUUCCACCUCUUCAAUGGAGAACUCCUCCGACAAGUUUGUUGAUCGAAAAGAAAGUGAUGGUUCUGGGGAGCCAAAUGUAGAGUCUCCUGGCUGUAGGGCCUCUGCAUUAUGUUCCAGCUCUAAAAGAGUCUUAGAGGAAUCCAUAAAUCCACCAUUAGAAGAGGACAUCUGCAAUCAACGAAUCGAAAGUUCUAAUAGCCAAGAGCAUUAUGAAGAUGUCUUGACAGAAGCCUUGGACCAUGAUUGUGGCAAAAACCUUGGCAGAUCAUGUUUUGCAGGUGACAUUGUUGCUAUUACUAUACAACAAAGUACAAAAGAUUUCACACCAAAUUUUGACAGAAGACGAGACAGUCUACAAUCCAAUCAUGGCUCAUCUGGUCAGUUAUUACGUACAAAGGAUGAGAUCAAUUCUGAAAAUGUUGAGUUAAGAGAUGUCGGAGAUGAAAAUCUUAAUAAAGAUGUUGUUUUGGAGCAUUCUCGGAUGAGCCCAAGUCUUAUCUCACAGGUUGAUGAAGCUGCUAAAGGUACCUCUCAAAAUGGUUCUAAUGUGUUUCAGUACAGUGCUGAGGAUACUGGCUGUGAGAAUGCCAAGUCAUUGAGGUCUCUAAUUGAUGAUGACAACCGAGUCAAUGGCAUAUCUGAGGCGGCAAAAGUUGUCAAAUAUGAGCAGAAACGAAAGGAAACUAAUUAUGCUUCUAUUUCUGAUGAUCAUUUGUGUGGAAGGAAUGUGUUGGUAGCCCAGUCAAGUCCAGUACCAGCUGAUGGAAUAGAAUCUCCUGCACAGACAUCUCCACCCACAACCUCAAUAUGCCAUGUAUCUACUUCGGAAAGUGCUAAUUUUAUUCAAAAUAGUCAAUGCUCCAGUCCUAAUCAUUCACAUCAUAAAACUGUGAGCACAUCAAUUGAUGAAGAAAAAAAGGAAUCAGUGGUGGUGCUGCAACACCCAAAAUCUUUUGGCAAAUGGAAUAAUUAUGCAGAAGCGCAAGCUGCUCUAUCAUCCUUUGAAGGAAUGCUUGGAUCAUUAACAAGGACAAAGGAGAGCAUUGGUCGAGCAACUCGCAUGGCCAUUGACUGUGCAAAGUUUGGCCUUUCUACUAAGGUGGUGGAGAUUUUAGUCCGUAACUUGGAAAGUGAGUCAAGUUUACACAGAAGGGUGGAUUUAUUCUUCCUUGUGGAUUCUAUCACUCAGUGCUCUCGAGGUUUGAAAGGUGAUGUUGGUGGUAUAUACCCUUCAGCUAUUCAGGCAGUGUUGACACGCUUGCUUGCAGCAGCUGCUCCUCCUGGAAGUUUUGCACAGGAAAAUCGGAGGCAGUGUUUGAGGGUUUUGAGGCUUUGGCUGGAAAGAAGGAUCCUUCCGGAAUCUGUUAUUCGCCAUCAUAUGCGGGAACUUGAUUCAUUAGGUGGUUCAUCUUCUGCUGGUGCUUAUUCUCGCCGAUCGGCAAGAACGGAAAGGGCUUUAGAUGAUCCUGUUAGAGACAUGGAGGGAAUGCUUGUUGACGAAUAUGGAAGCAAUUCAAGUUUUCAGCUUCCGGGAUUUUGUAUGCCUCGCAUGCUUAGGGAUGAAGAUGAAGGAAGUGAUUCUGAUGGAGAGAGUUUUGAGGCUGUCACUCCUGAACAUAAUUCUGAAACCCCUGAAGAACGGGAUACCACCCUAGCAGUAGAGAAGCACACACACAUCUUGGAAGAUGUUGAUGGUGAGCUUGAAAUGGAGGAUGUGGCUCCCUCUUGUGAAGUUGAAGGAAGUUCAGCAGUUGGCAUUGCUGCAGUCAAUUCUGUAUGUAAUUUGCAAAAUCAAUUAGAACUGCAUUUUCCACUGCCUUUUGCCCCUCCUCUGCCUCAGGAUGUGCCACCAUCAUCACCACCAUUGCCAACUUCACCUCCUCCACCUCCACCUCCACCACCUCCUCUUGCUGUCCCACAUUCAUGUGGAAUGCCUGAUCCAUACAUUAGUGGUGUAGAUUCAAAGCUUUAUGCAAAUUCACAUAAUAUGCAAGAUGACAUGAGAGAAUCUGUGGGUCAGCCGCCAGCAGCCCCAAGAAUCAAUACAUCAAUGUCCAAUGGAGUGCAUUAUCAUACUACUGAAUGUAGGGAUCAGAUGCAGCAUUGCGACUCCACAAACUCUUUCAACAGUUACUCUGUACAUCCAGUGCACACAGAUGGACCAAACUUCCACCACAAGGCUUAUCCUCCAAGGCCACCACACCCACCACCUUCAAAUCAAUUCUCUUAUGUUCAGGCAGGCCAGCAUGUGAAGUCUCGGAGAGAGACCCCGCCUCCUUACCACCACAGAUUCCACUCGUCACAUAAUGCUGAUGGUGGAAACUUUUAUAAUAACCAUGAGCGAAUGAGACCAGUCCCAUAUGAAAUUAAUGACAGCUGGAGACACCCUGCACCUCCUUUUCCUGGCCCACGACAUCCUGAUAAAGGCAGAGCAUGUUAUCCAUCUGGUCCUUAUGGUGGCCCACCUAGAGAGCAGGAUAGAAUACCUCAUCAGGGAUGGUCAUUUCCUGCCGGGGGGAUGCAUCACAGGAACUUCAUGCCAUUUAGACCACCACCUGAAAGUGCAAUUCCAGUGUCAAAUAGAGUUCCACUUACCAGGUCAGGGAUGGGGACUUCUCCAUCUGUCCCAGAGAAAUCAAUCCAUGAAUUCUCCGUCAAGGAUGCCCGCGGUCAGAAUGUUGACCUCAGUAUCUACAAAGGCAAGGUUCUUCUCGUGGUUAAUGUCGCCUCCAAAUGUGGAUUUACAGAUUCCAAUUACACCCAGUUGACUGAUCUUUAUAACAAGUAUAAGGACAAAGAUUUUGAAGUCUUGGCAUUUCCAUGUAAUCAAUUUCUGAAACAAGAGCCAGGGACAAGCGAAGGUGCACAGGAGUUUGCUUGUACCAGAUACAAGGCUGAAUAUCCAAUUUUUCAAAAGGUUCGCGUCAACGGGCCAAAUACAGCUCCUGUCUACAGAUUUCUCAAGGCGAGUAAAUUUGGAAUUAUGGGGUCCAGUAUAAAGUGGAAUUUUACCAAGUUUUUAGUCAAUAAGGAAGGGCAAGUCAUUGCUCGCUAUGGCACGACGACCACUCCUUUGUCCAUUGAGGCUGAUAUCAAGAAAGCAUUGGAAAUAGAGUGAGAAAUAUGCCACUAACAGAUUCAGUAAAAGCUUAAUCAAAAAACGUAAAGCUUUUAAAUGGGUAUGAUAUUCUCCUAUCAAGUUAGUUAUUGUAUAUUAUCAAUCAGUGACUCUUAUUUAUGGCAUUCAGUUUGCACGUUGGAGAAUAAAAGUGUAAGAGAUUGUUGUAGAUAGAUAGUUUGUUUCUUUGCUGUUCCUAUUGAUUUUUUUUUUUUUUAAUUAAUAUUGACACAUCUACAUGUAUUUUUCUGGUUGAGAGAUUUUCCAGCAUGUAAAUGUCAAUUUUUCUGUCCUGAGCUA